CUUCACCUUCGAUCUCCCAUUUUCGAUAUCCUUAAAGAUAUUUUCGCCUUUUAUCUUCCUCUUAAUUUUUCUGGAUAUCAUUACAUCUGGGACUCAGGAAUCGAAUCUAUCGUGUGUUACUUGGUUUCUCUCUACAAUGGCUGCUUUCACGUGUACUUGUCGUCCGCCGAUUUCUCUCCGGUCAGAGAUGAGGAUCGCAUCCUCAACGACCGUUUCACUCUCUACUCGACAGAUGUUCUCUGUGUUACCGGAAUCGGGAGGAUUGAGGACUCGCGUCUCUUUAUCCUCGGUCUCGAAGAAUUCUAAGGUUUCUCGAUUACGACGAGGCGUCAUCUGUGAAGCUCAGGAAACUGCUACAGGGAUUCCAGUGGUGAACGAUUCAACAUGGGAGUCUCUAGUUCUCAAGGCUGACGAGCCUGUUCUUGUGGACUUUUGGGCACCAUGGUGUGGACCCUGCAAAAUGAUUGAUCCCAUUGUGAAUGAACUAGCACAGGAGUACACAGGGAAGAUCAAGUUCUACAAACUAAACACAGAUGAUUCUCCUGCAACCCCGAGCCAGUACGGUGUUAGAAGCAUCCCAACCAUCAUGAUCUUCGUUAAGGGCGAGAAGAAGGAUACAAUCAUCGGCGCAGUGCCUAAACUCACAUUAGCAACGAAGAUCGACAAAUUCUUGUAAUCAAGUAGUUGUCACUAUUAAAAGGGGUCUCUCUUUUCUUCUCUAUAUGUAUUUGGACUUCAGUUAUCUACUCCUACUUAUCCCUGUUCAUAUAGACCUGUAUGAUAAUAAUAUGAUGUCUUCGUUUUCAGACAGCUGAGUUUAUUUUGACGACAUUUUAUAUGGGAAU